AUGGCCGACGAAAAGAGCCCAGAAUACGAUGAGAAAGUUAUUCAGCACUCGUCAAAGAGUGACGAGAGUGACCGUGCGGAAACCGAGUCCCAGAUCGAAGUCCUCAGGGCAGCUGGCAUUGGCCUAGGAGAAAAUGACCCUACUGAGCCGGUUCUCACCUUGCGAAUGUGGAUGAUCGGAAUUGUCUUCUGUCUCGUCGUGAGUGGGUUGAAUACCCUCUACACUCUCCGCACGCCCUCAAUCACAAUAUCCGCCUCGGUGGUGCUUCUGCUGGCCUACCCCCUGGGUAAACUUUGGGAGAAGGUCAUUCCAGACUGGUCUGUUCCGCUGGGAUCUUGGUCGUUCAGUCUGAAUCCAGGGCCAUUCAAUACCAAGGAACACGUUUUGAUUUAUAUCAUGUCGAAUCUCAGUGUAUACGUUCGUCUAGGUGCUGAUGUGCUGACUGAGCAACAAAUGUUUUAUGGUUAUCGAGCUGGCUGGGGAUUUCAGAUUUUGAUCACUCUGGCUACAUUCCUUAUCGGGUUCUGUCUAGCUGGUCUUUUCCGGAGCAUCGUUGUUGUGCCGAAGGAUCUUAUUUGGCCCGGAGUCUUGAGCGUCACAGCUCUGACCACUACCUUGCACAACGUCGGUCAAGAUCAGGUUCAGUCCAGCUUCAACACGUGGAAGAUUUCUCGUUUCGCUUUCUUUGCCAUUGCAGGAACCGCAUCAUUCUGCUGGUAUUGGUUUCCAGACUUCAUUUUCCCCGCCCUUAGCACCUUCAGCUUUCCAUGCUGGAUCGCUCCAAAGAAUAAAGUGGUGAACCAGUUGUUUGGAAUGACUUCGGGCAUGGGUCUCCUGCCAAUUACUUUUGACUUGUUUGACAAUGCCGGAAAGACUUAUUCGGCAAAGAAAAUUGUCAACUCUGCCACUGGAUACAAGUUGGAUGUCCAAAAAUACCUUAACUAUUCUCCGGUAUACAUGCCCAUUGUCUACGGAUUGAACAUGAUGGGUCUUUCUUUCGCCACUCUCAGUGCGCUUCUUGUCUGGUCAUUCCUUGAACAUCGUCAUUUUAUGGCAGAUGCCGCUAGACGAAUCGUCCAGUUACUGAAGGGAUCUUUGCCUGGCCGAACUAGCACUGUUCAAAACGAUGAGACCGGUGCAAAAGAAGUUCCUGUCUGGUGGUACCUGAUUGUAUGUGCAGUGGCACUCUUUUUGGCCAUCUUCUCAGUUGAAUACUGGGAUGUCGAAUUGAGGUGGUAUGGGGUCUUGCUUGCUAUCGUCGUCGCUUUGGUUUUCUAUCCUCCGCUGGCCAUUGUCUAUGCCACCUCCAAUCUGAAAAUUAACAUUGAUAUUUUCUGUCGGAUUGUUGCAGGCUUCGUGUUCCCUGGAAAGGUUCUUGCAAACAUCUGGUUCUUUGACAUCGGGUACAUUACUACGAUCAAGGGAUUGUACUUUGCUCAGGACAUGAAGCUCGCCUAUUAUUGCCAUAUCCCUCAAAGACAACUAUUCUUAGUUCAAUGUGUCGGCAUGGUUAUGGGAACACUCUCCUCGGUCGGAGUUCUCAAUUGGUCUCUCGAUAACAUCUCCGGAGUUUGCACUAGCGCCGCUUCCAACGGCUUCAGUUGCCCAUACUCCACGACACACUUCAACACUUCGCUGAUCUGGGGUGCAAUCGGCCCUCGCAGAUUCUUUUCGAACCACAUCGGAUAUUCUGCCCUGCUGUAUUUCUUCAUCAUCGGCGCAAUACUGCCCAUUCCAGUGUAUUACCUCAGCCGUCGUUACCCGAAUUCUAUGUGGAAGAAGGUCCACAUUCCCUUGUUCUUGGGAGGCUUGAACUACCUACCUCCUGCAACUGGCAUGAAUUACGGCAGCUGGGCGGUGAUCGGACUCACUUUUGGAUGGAUCGUCCGCAAGAGAGCAUUUGCCUGGUGGAGUAAGUAUAACUUUGUGUUGAGCUCUGCUCUCGAUUCCUCGGUCGGCGUCGCAGGUGUUUUAAUCUUCCUUACGGUUUUUUUCACCGGUGCGAGUAAGCAUUUCUCGUGGUGGGGAACUAAAGUCUACAAGGAUACCUGCGACUAUAAGAGCUGCGCAUAUCUCGCAAUCCCUGAAGGGGGCAAGUUUGGCGUGUGA